AUGGCCCGCUCGGCAGCCCCCGGCCUCGCGCCCCCCGCCACGGCCCUGCUUCAGGACUGGGGCUGCCGCGGACCCCCGGACCCCGAGGGCUACAGCAGCAGCUCGCCCGCACCCUCGCCCGACUCCUGCGGCCUCUUGUCCCCCGCCGCCCCCCGGGGACCCCGCCGCGGCCCUGCAGCCCCCCGCCUGCGGGGCGGCCCCGGGGGCAGGAAGGGGGUGCGGUGCGGGGGUGCGGGGGGCCCGCGGCAGAGCGCCAGCGAGCGGGAGAAGCUGCGGAUGCGGCGGCUGGCGCAGGCGCUGCUGCGGCUGCGGCACUACCUGCCGCCCGCGCUGGCACCCGCCGGGCAGAGCCUCACCAAGAUCGAGACCCUGCGCCUCGCCAUCCGCUACAUCGCCCACCUCUCGGCCCUGCUGGGGCUCAGCGAGGAGGCGCUGGCCCGGCGGCGGGGGGCAGCCCCCCGCCACUGCCCCCUCUGCCCCCAGGGCCUGGGGUGCUGCCAGAGCCCGGCCCCCCGCCUGCGCCCACCGGCCCCGGCCCCUUCGCCCCCCGGCACUGCGGGCUGGGGGUCACCUCCUGCAGCGGGGACCCCCCUGGAGCCGCACGCCACGGGGGCCUGGGGGUCGCCCCCCUGUGGCGCUGCGGCGGGGACCCCCCCGGAGGCGCUUGGGGUUCCUGACAUGGGGACGGAGACCUGGGGGUCACCCCCCUACGCCCCUGCAACCGGGACCCCCCCGGAGCUGCACGGGGCUGUCGCCUCCAACACGUCCUCCUGGCUGCCCCCUCCCCACUGCGCAGGGGCCCCCCCGGACCUCCCGGCGACCCCCCUCCUGGACGCGGGGCUGAUGCUGCCGGAGCUCGUGGAUGCAGGGACAGUCACCCAGGACCUCUCCGCAGACCUGCUCUCUCUCUUGGAGGCUUUGCUGCCGUCGCAGCCCCAGGACUGA